AUGACCAAUGAAUCCCCCUCACUGUAAACCACGCAUUAACAAACACACUGCGGAGUUAAUCGCCGCAAGUUAGGAGGGAAGAGUAUUUACCGCUUAGUGUGUAUAUAUUUAUUUCCCUACAGCUGUGACAUCGCGUUUUCUUUUUUUUUUUCUUUUUUAUCUCUGCCCGCCUCUGCCUCCGCCUCCAGCCGCACACAACCGAGACAAAGCUCCCUCCGACCGCCACAUCUGCUCCACAGCCACCAUGGGUCCCGGAGGAGGCUUGUUCCCGACGCUGCUGCUCACCUUCCUCUUUCUGCUGGGCCUCCAUCACUCCUCGGGUUUCUGGAUCGUCAACGUCGUCUUCCCUCCCAACGCCAAAACCAACCAAGUGCCAAUCAACAGCACCCCGCCUCUCAUCAUUGUGCCGGGAAACUUGGGGAACCGUCUGGAAGCCAAGAUAAACAAGCCCACGUUGGUCCACUGGAUGUGCUACAAGAGGACAGAGACGUGGUUCCCCCUGUGGAUCGACCUCAACAUGUUCAUGCCGAUAGGUGUGGACUGCUGGAUCGAUAACAUACGGCUUGUUUACAACAGGACCACUCGGCGGGCGUCCAACUCACCGGGGGUGCAGGUGCAGGUGCCAGGAUUUGAAACUUAUUCCAUAGAGUUUCUUGACUACAACAAACUUACUGGUUACUUCUACACGAUGGUGCAACAUCUGGUCAACGUGGGCUACGUCCGAAACGAGACCGUCCGCGGGGCGCCGUACGACUGGAGGUUAACGCCAAACGAGAAUGGAGAGUACUUCACCAAGCUGCAAGACCUGGUUGAGGAGAUGUACAGCCAGUACCAGCAGCCUGUCUACCUGCUGGGACACAGCAUGGGCGGCCACUACGCCCUCUACUUCCUCAACCACCAGUCCCAGGCCUGGAAGGACAAGUACAUCAGGGGCUUCAUUUCCCUCGGGGCACCGUGGGGGGGAGCUGUGAAAGCACUUCGAGUCCUGGCUUCAGGUGAAAACGACGGCAUCCCCAUGAUUUCCAACAUAAAGAUCCGAGAGGAGCAGAGGAUGGCGAUGACUAACCCCUGGAUGCUGCCGUCCGAGGAGAUCUGGCCAAAGGACCACGUGUUCAUCUCCACACCGACCAAGAACUACACCAACCGGGACUACGAGCGCUUCUUCAAUGACAUUAGCUUCGAGGAUGGCUGGCACAUGUGGGAGGACACCAAGAACCUCACAGGUGAUCUCCAGCCGCCCGGGGUCGAGGUGUGGUGCAUGUACGGCGUGGGGCUGCCGACCCCCAUCACGUACGUUUACGACGAGGAGUUUCCGAACGGGGACCCGGUGGACUUUGUUUACGCUGACGGGGACGACACGGUGGACAGCUUCAGCAUGAGUCAGUGCAAACGCUGGGUGGGGAAACAGGAGAAGCCCGUCCACGUGACGGAGUUCAGAGGGCUGGCCCACCUGGACAUCGUGUUCCACAACAAGGUGCUCAGCCAGAUCCAGGACAUCCUGGAGGGCAAAUCAGACACGCCCAAAGAGGUAGACGUCAGAUUAGAAUAAACAGAGUGCCUGGUUCUUACACAUCUUUGUGUCACUUUAAAUAUCAAACAAAAACAUACAUUAGUACCUCCUGUUUUUAUCAAGCUAGUGCAACAGCUUCAAAUCAAUCUGGACUGGAGGAGGAGAAUCUAACCCUCGUAUCUAAACUGAAGGCUGACUACUUGACAGUGUGGCUUUGACUCUGAUCUGUUUACUUAUAUUUCAACAAUGGGGAUUUUUUUUUUCUUCUGAUAGCAAUUAUAACAUAACUUAGUGGUAAUCCUGUGAAAAAAAACUGUAACAAUCACAAUAAUUACAAACAAAGUGUAUUUUAUGUUCAUGUAUGUUGUGUCGUUUUAUGCCAAGGUCCUGUUACAUCAUCAUUUAACAGAUAGUUACUGUCUAUGUUAUAAUUAUAAUGUUUCCUUGAGGAUUAAUAUAUUUUUUGAAAUCAGCACACUAAGUAUUUUAUUUGACGAUAUUAAUUACUUUUUCCUCUGUCAUGCAACCUGCACACACGUAUGGAAGAGGAUUAGACUGACUAAAAAAGUUUUAUGAAGGUUGAGACUUUUUUUUCCUCUAAAUUCUCAGAGAAAAAAAAGAAAGAAUUCUGAGAUUAAGUAAAACUUCUGACUUUAUUUUAUUUUAUUUUUUUUCUCAAAAUUCAGAGAAAAAAAAAAGUCAAUUUUGUUUAACGUGCAAAUUUGGACCGUGUAAAUCUGUACAAAAUCUAAAUUUGACUUAUAAAUCCAAAAUCUUACUUUAUCUCUAGAUUCCAAGAGGAAAAAUAUGUUUAUGUUGAAAAAAAACCCCAAAAUAUUUUGAGACAAAAAUUCUAAUUCCUAUGCCUAUAAUCUCUGAAAAAUAUGUAUGAGAAAAAGUCAAAUCUCGAUGAAAGUUUGAAGUUGAAAGAAUUAAGUUGAAAAAAAAAACAUUUGGAGGUGGAGAAAAGUCACAACUUCUAGUUUUAUUUUGUUUUUGUUUUGUUUUUUUUUGUUUUUUUACAGUGCAAUAAUCAUUUUCCACACAUGGAAACCAAUGACAUGUAAUAAUAUAUUUGCAGUACUGUUAAUAAAAACAUUAUUAAAUGUGUCCAGUUGAAAUAAAACAUCUGAUGUGUCA